UGGCAAUCCACUAUGAAGAGUGGGGCCACCAAUUUUCGCUUUUGCUUUAGAAAAAUUGGCUUACACAAAAAUAAAAGGCAUUCUCUAAAAGCCUUUUGUCUUGGCUGAAUAUUUCCUAAAGCAUUAAUCCACCUGGUAUUUUGGUUUCUUUCCUGAGAAGUUUGAAGGCUGAAGUAGUGAAAAGUUUUCUUCUUCCUUGUAUAAGUAAUGUUAGUUGAAAUGUUGUCGCUGUGACUGAGUUUACUGCUAGUACGUAUAUCCAUCUUUCAAAGUGGUUGGAGAAUAUGCAGGAUUCUGAAUAGAUAAGGCUAAGAAAAGAAAAACAAAUUACGAGUAAAACAAGAGAAGGGGACAUUGAAGAUCAAAUAAGGUGAAUAGCAAGGAGAAUUGUAAGCAAGUGCAAUUAAUUCCUCAAUUUACUUUAUUGCGCAGUUGGUGGCAAUUGUUUCCUUGUCACUUGUACCCACUAGAGUGUCAACGAGAUAGGAUGGACAUAUUGACGGGAUGCACGGGCUCCAUUGGAGCUGAAGUUGUAAAAAGCACAGCAAAGCCACUCAUACGUCAUGUUGGUUAUUUGUUCCGUUUCAAGAAAAUUGUUGAUGAUCUUAUCAAAGCAAAAACGGACCUGCAAUCAGAGCAGCAAAAGGUGCAAGAGGGAAUCAAGCGAGCUGCAAUGAACAAUGAGAUUGCUGAGAAGGAUGUAGAAAGCUGGUUGACAAAUGUGAAUCAACUCAUGGAAGAAGUACAGGCUUUGGAAAAUAAAGUACAAGUAAACUUGAGGUUCUGUAACGGCUGCUGUCCUGAUUGGAUUCGGCAAUACAAGUUAUGUAAGGAAGCCAUGCAGAAGACAAAUGUUGUCAAAGAGCUCCAAGAUAAGGGCAAAUUUUCUGAAUUGACCCAUCGUGCUCCGACUCCUGGCAUAGAGAUCUUUUCAUCUAGUGAUUUCGAGGUGUUUGAAUCUAGAAAAUUGGCUUUCCAACAAAUUAUGGAGGCAUUGCAUAAGGAUGACAAUAAAGGGAUUGGACUGUAUGGAAUGGGAGGGAUUGGGAAAACAACCCUGGUGAAGGAAGUAUACAAGAAAGUCAAAAAAUUGAAUAUUUUCAAUGACAUUAUGAUGAUUGUUGUGUCCCGAACCCCUGACGUUAGAAGAAUUCAAGGUGAAAUUGCAGAUUGUUUAAAUUUGAAACUUGAUGAUGAGAGCGAUAUGGCAAGAGCAUGUCAAAUAUGCUCAAGAAUAAAGAGUGUAGAGAAGAUCCUCUUAAUUGUGGAUGAUGUCUGGGACAGUGUCGAGUUAAAAGAUUUUGGAAUUCCAUCUCCGGAUGAUCACAAGAGUUGCAGGAUACUUCUAACUACACGAAGUAAGCAUAUAUGCGGUUUAAUGCUUCAUGAUCCAUGGAUGAUUUCAUUAAAUUUCUUAUUGGAGAAAGAAUCAUUGGCUUUAAUGAAAAGCAUAGUUGGUGAUAACCCAGACUUGAAUGAUGUGAUGCUGAAAGUAGUUGAAGAAGGCAAAGGUUUGCCUAUAGCAAUCAGUACUGUAGGAAAGGCUCUUAAAGGCAAAACUCUAGAUGAGUGGAAUGCGGCAAUGUAUGGACUAAGAAGCUCUAGACUUGUGGAUAUAGAAGAUGUUAAUGAAGAAAAAAAUGCUUAUGUAUGUAUCAAGUGGAGUUAUGAUCAAUUAAAACGCAAAACCAAGUUAUGUUUUUUGUUGUGCUCUUUAUUUCCAGAAGAUUAUAAUAUUCCUAUUGAGGAAUUGACUAGAUAUGCCAUGGGACUAGAGGAAUAUGAAGAUUUUGACUCACUUGAUGAAGCAAGGAGCCAAGUGCGUGCAGCAAUCAAUAACCUCAAAGAUUCUUCUCUUCUACUAGAUGGUUCUGGAAGAGAGUAUGUGAAGAUGCAUGACAUGGUUCGUGAUGUUGGCUUGUGGAUAGCAUCAAAAGGCAAAAAUGAAUUUAAGUUAAGAGCCUGCACUCGUUUAGAUGAAAACAGAAACUUUGAACAAGUCACUGCAAUCUCCUUGAUGGCUUCCAACACCAAACAACUUCCCCAUAAAUUGGGAUGA